CAGCAGCCCCUGUGGUGCCCUCUCUCCUGCCCAGCUGCAGCGCCACACGGCACUUACUUUCCCUCUGUGCUAUGGAGCUGUGCUGUUGUUUUGUGCAAGCGGAAAUGGAUUUUUUGGGAGUGAAUUCCUGAGCUUGUGUGUGUGUGUGUGUGUGCGCAUCACAGGGGAAGUUUGACAUGGGAUUCUCUCCGCUCUCAGCAAAUUAAUCUCUCCAUACCCCCCGCCGCUCCGACUCACGGUCCCUUGCGCCUCACUCACCCGACUCACCCGUACAGGUGCCGCUUGGGAAGAUCAUGGAACUCUGGGGAUCUGCCGAAUGUUCUACGGUUUUCUAUGGAAUUUAACAGUGACUUGCUCACAGGGAAGCGGGGAGCAAUGGAAAUUGCAAUUGCAAUAUAAACAUUUGACAUCGCGACACUUUUUAACCAUUUGGAUCGUUUCAGUAGAAGGCACAAAUCUAGGGGUAGUUUCUUUUAUCAUCAGUCAUGGCUCUGAAAGCCCGGGCAUUGUAUAGCUUCCAGGGUGAGAACAAGGAAGAGAUCAAUAUCCUGGAAAAUGAAGAGCUGCACCUGUUCAGUGAUGUGUCUCUAGAUGGGUGGCUUCAAGGAACAAACAGCAGAGGUCAAACGGGCCUUUUCCCAGCCUCCUAUGUGGAGAUCCUGCGCCCACGCUCUGGCUCUGUCCAAGUAGAUUAUUCUGGUCACACUCAAGGCUAUACAGAUUCCCCACACCAGGGAAGUUAUGAUGAUGAUGAGGAAGAUGAUGAUGACUGGGAUGAUUGGGAUGAUGGACAAACUGUGGUGGAUGAACCCAGUGGUUCAAAUGGAGUCUCACGUAGCCAACUGCAGCACCACCAUCAUUAUCCCAGGCCAGAAUAUACUCACCGUCCACGACCAGCUCUAGAACGUCAGGACAGCAUAGCAAGUGGAAAGAGAGGCAGUGUGGUGGGACGCAAUUUGAACAGGUUCUCCAGCUUUGUUAGGUCCGGUGUGGAAGCAUUUGUUCUUGGUGAUGUCCCUCAGUUUGGAGGAGUGUCUGAGAGCCAUGCGAUAGAGAUGGGGCCCAAAGGGCCACAGUGGAAGGCAAAUCCCCGCCCCUUCAGCUGCUCUGUGGAGGAACCUACAAAACAGACAAAGUUUAAAGGAAUCAAGAGUUACAUUUCAUACAGACUGACCCCUGACCCCUGCAAUUCUCCUGUUUACCGUCGCUACAAACACUUUGACUGGCUUUACAACCGCUUGCUGCACAAAUUCACAGUAAUAUCUGUGCCUCAUCUGCCAGAGAAGCAGGCCACUGGUCGUUUUGAGGAGGACUUUAUCCAGAAGCGCAAACGCCGUCUAGUCUUAUGGAUGGACCACAUGACCAGCCACCCUGUUCUUUCCCAGUAUGAUGGGUUUCAACACUUUUUGAGUUGUCAAGAUGAGAAACAGUGGAAGGCUGGUAAAAGGCGGGCUGAAAGAGAUGAAUUGGUGGGUGCUAGCUUUCUACUAACUCUGCAGCUACCUACAGAGCAUCAGGAUCUUCAGGAUGUGGAAGAAAGAGUAGAUGUCUUCAAGGCAUUUUCCAAGAAGAUGGAUGAGAAUGUUCUUCAGUUAAGCAGUGUAGUAUCUGAGUUGGCUCGUAAACAUCUGGGAGGCUUCCGCAAAGAGUUUCAAAGGCUGGGGGCUGCCUUGCAAGGUCUUAGCCACUCCUUCCAGCUUGACCCUCCUUAUAGCUCUGAGCCUUUGGUGGGGGCCAUUUCUCAUACUGGCCGCACUUAUGAAGCAGUGGGAGAAAUGUUUGCCGAACAGCCCAAGAAUGAUCAGUUCAGAUUUUUGGAUACUUUAUCAUUAUAUCAAGGCUUGCUCUCCAAUUUUCCAGACAUCAUUCACCUUCAGAAGGGUGCAUUUGCCAAGGUCAAGGAGAGCCAGCGGAUGAGUGAUGAAGGUCGGAUGGAGCAGGAUGAGGCAGAUGGAAUCAGGAAGCGCUGCCGUGUGGUGGGCUUUGCUCUUCAGGCAGAAAUAAACCAUUUCCACCAGAGAAGGCUUCAGGACUUCAAGCAGGCCAUUCAGCAUUACCUAAAGGAACAAAUUCUCUUCUACCGAAGAGUGAGCCAGGAGCUGGAGAAGACCUUGCACAUGUAUGAUGACCUGUGACACAGAUGACCUGUGACACCAGAUGACUAGCCACUGUACCUGCCUAGCAUCCUUUAUUCAUCUUAUACUAAACCUUUCUGUUUUUACCAAGGUGCCUCUUACUGUGGGGAGAUUAUUGUACACUUAAUGUCCCAGCUGGGAAGGGCCACAUCAGGAUUUGUACAACAGACACUCCUCUAACAGCUCAUACAGAGCUCAAUGACUAUGAGAUUCUGGUGUGAUAGGGUAUAUUUGGAACGAAGAAAUUUAUCACUGGGUGUACAUUGAUAAAUGUAUAUUUUUGAUGAGGUGCUGCUGCUGUGUUACAAGAGCAAUAAUAAAUCAAAGCUUUAUCUUUU